GAACAGCCUAUAUCGUGUGGAGGCUAAUUUUAGCGCCUGUUUUGCGCUCUUUUGGAGAUGCACUCGCAGAGAAAAGCAAACGUUGCGUGAAGUGGACUCAGAGGAGGUCUGACCUUCGCCUUACACGCUAUCAAUAUUUCAAGGUGAUUGCUCACCAUCGCAAGCGAGUGUGUGAAUAGUUCCAAGUUCUGCCCUCGGCGCUGAAGGAGAAGUGGACAACGAAGAACCGAGGUGUUCGCCUUCUUCACUCUAGACACCCAGGCGAGGAAGAACCUGAAAGCUGUCCUUCUGUUCGGCUAGUUUCCGUCCGCUGAGCCAGCGCAUUUCUUGUGUGCAUGUGUGCACACCAGCCCGAGAAGGGAAGAAAGAAUGCGUGUCGGCUGGACGGCUGGGGUGCUGGUAGUGCUCCUGGCUAGCUGGGUACGCGGCAUACAUGGAGAGGGCACAGUGUUUGUCCACCUGCAUCGGUUCUCAAUAUCGCAAGGAUGUCCCGACUACACAGUCAAGGGAGUUCACCACACUGACGCCUGUGAGGUCUAUCUCCGAGUCUGUCUCCAACCAAAUGACAAGGCAUCAACAGCACUCUGCCCUAUGAGCAGCUAUGCGACCCAGAGGUUUCCAGGCGUGGGCGGCCAGAAUGACCUCACACUGUCCACAGCGCAGCCAGCUAAACUUGCCUUCUCCGGAUCUGCACAGAACUAUUCCGUAUUAGUGGAGGCUUGGGGACAGGAGGAGAUUCCGCAGUCCAGGUUUCAGAUCCUGGCCACAUUCGUUGCUCCCAUUGAUCCAUCCAGCGGUGAAUGGUCGGAGAAUGUUGCGUUCCUCGACCGGUUUCCUGCUACCCUUUCUCUUCAGUGGCAGGUGACUUGCUCAGCUGGAUAUCUCCCUGUGGGGACAUGCUCGAGGCAGUGCCAGUCAUCCAGCUGUGUAGUCUGCCUGGAGAAUGGUCAGCAAGCGUGUCGUCUUGGCUGUGAACCAGAGACCUGCAUUGAUCAGGGAAUGGCGCCUGAUUCGUUGCCGCUGUGGAGUGCGUGGGGAGAGUGGUCGCACUGUACUGCAUCGUGCGGCCAAGGACGCAAGCUGAGACUGCGAGAGUGCAUGAACAACCAUUCGCAGUCCCAGUUACCGCCACCACACCUAGUGACGACGGCAACAGAGGCGGCCACAGUUCCAGCAUCGCCGGUUGGAGAUCAUCAGCUCAUGCAGUGUACUGGUGUUGGGGAGCAGCAGCAGGCAUGCCACACAGGUAUCGAGUGUCCCGAAGUGUGUGGCGCAGAACCCUGUCAGAACGGUGGGCAAUGCCGACGGUUGACCGUGCAGCUGGACAGACAGAGCACGCUUGCACAGUACCAGUGCGUGUGCCGAGACACCUACGUGGGCCAGUACUGCGACCGGGUGAUUGAGCGGUCGGGACUGCAGGCUGACGAUAAUCUUGCGGUGACAGUGGCGAUCUUCCUCUCGGUUGUCGUCGCCCUCUUCAUGCUAGUGGGUGCACUGUGCUGCUGUUGUCGGCGCUGUAAAGGCACACCUUCCUCCUCCGGUGCUGGCCGUAGCGGCAAGAAGCAACCAGGCGGCACAGAGCUGGGAGCAGAGUCUACCACUAGCACCAUGGAUAGCUUCAAGAGCAAUGGGGACAGUCUGAAAUCGAACGGCAGCGGUGCUAAAGCCGGCGGUCGCCUGAAGAACAUUCGACUUUCGAUUGUGCACCCGCACUUUGGCCCACGGCGCAGCUGGAGCCGACGCGGUUCCAAAUUGGCGGUUCCGGAAGCAGCUGCAAGUCCAUCACGCACCUCACUCGACUCUGACACGUUUCAAACGCCCACAGGCACCUUGUGUGCUGACCCAUCAGCUCGUCUCAAGGCCAUUGCGGAGACGAGCGAAAAUCCCAGCAACGGCAAGACGGCUUCUCAAAUACCUGCCGUCACUCCGCAAGGUGAUGCUGAUAAUCUGCUAUCUACUCUGACACGUCGACGGCAGCAAGACCAAGCGCCCAGCGAGAACAUCUACCAACCGCCGUCUACGCCCUUGGGAAACCCUGCCCCGAUCCGAGGGUCAGUUGUAUCUUACGCUAGUCGACAGUAUGCGGAAAUACCAGACGGAGAUGUAUAUGAAGACGUAGAAGUACCCGUAACUCCAGCCCAACGCAACUCAUUCAGGAACCACCCUCGACGUGGUGGCUUUGCUGCUCGCUUUGGCCAAUGCGUCGGUGCUGGAAUGUCACGUGGGGAUUCCCCUCGAGGCGCCCCACCAGCUUUGCCCACUCAAUUCGGACCGGACGCUGUCCACACGGAGAAUGGCUUCACAUCCGUGGGUACGCCAUCGCCGACUGAUGCUCGACCAAUGGCCAUGACACCGACUGACGCUAGACCAACGGCAUUGACGCAUGGUCGUCUUGCUUACGAGGAGCCAGUGGAGAAUAUGAGCGCAUCCGCUGCUUUGAAUCGCCGGCCGAGCGAGACUGCUUCCGCAUCGGGAUCCAGAAACUCCGGUGGAACCUGGUGGUCGAAGCGUUUAUCGGGUUCCUCCAGCUCUCAACCGUGGGGCAAGUUGCGAUCAGGGCGCUCCCAGCAACAUUGCCCCGAGAGCAACGGUGGCUCAGCUUCCGUCGGCGGUUCGGAGAAGGCGGCUGAAAAUCCGCUGUACAACCUGAAUUCUGGAAGUUGAACAGUGUACGCCGUUGCACUCUAAUAAUUAAUAGUAACAGUGACACUACUAGUAGUGCAGGUCGGCCAACUCCAUGGUGUAACAUUACAACGUCAAUGUGCUGACAUCAUGCUAAGCAGGUUAUGACAAAACGCUGUGCACUGUUCUAGUCAAUGAUAUCAUCAUAGUUAUGCAUGUCCCCUCAGGAAAAGAAAACAUCGGUACCAACGUCAAAUGACAUGACCCACAGACACGCAUGCAUGCCGCAUACACAUACGCGUGCACAAACACAAGCACACACACACACACAAUAUGCUAUCAAAACAAUGCCCCCCCCCCCUCCCACACACAGACGUACACACAGGCUAUUUCAAACAGGAUGUGACCUUGAGCCGUAACAACAAUUAUGCCCGAAAUAUGACUACCCACCAUACAUUUUUAUCUUAUAUCUAUAAAAUUAUAUAAUAAUCUAUAUAUGUGCGUGACACACACGUACGCACACACGGACACUUCUGUUUGCACGCGAGCAAGAAACA